AUGCUUUUAAAUAUAAGCGUAAAAAAGAUAUGUUUUUUAUUAUGUAUAAUUGCCUUUGUAUACAAUUAUGUAGGAAGAAAACCUUUGUUAUCAUUUAAUUUUAAUAAUGUGUAUUCGAGAAUUUUGUCCGAUAUAGAAGAAGGGGAAUAUGAGUCUUGCGACAGAAAUUGUAAUUUGAAAUAUAAAGAUAGCACAAUUAAAGAUUGUUUAGGUUAUUAUAAAGAUGACACUAGUGGAAUGCAUACGUUGAAUGGAAAAGAUAUAAUUAGUUAUUUAGAAGAGCAAAAUGAUAAUAUUAUUGAAGAUUAUCAUGAAGGUGAUAAUUCAAAUAAGAUGAAUACUGAUUAUCCUGUAGAGAAUUAUUAUAAUAUAUUGAAUGUUGACGUAUAUGGUGAUUUGAGUGAACUGCAAAAAAAUUUUUAUAAUUUAUCUUUGAAAUAUUAUCCGAAAAUGAGAAAUGAAAAUUUGUUUGAGUUAAAUAAAAAAUUUGAAGAGUUAAGUGAAGCAUAUCAAGUAUUAAAUUAUAAAAAUAGAAAAGAUAUAUAUGACAAUGAAGGAAUAAGUGGAAUAGAAAAAAUGAAUAUAAUACAUCCUGUUCUAUAUUUUAAUGGAAUAUUUAUCUUUGAUAUGAUGUAUCAAUAUAUUGGUACUACUGAAAUAGGGUAUAUUGUUAGGAUAUUUUUAGAAAAUAAUAUUUCUUCUGAAAAUAUUCCAUCUUUUAUUGAAGAAAUAAACAAAAAUAUAAUGGAUUAUCAGAUAAGGAGAGAAGAAGAAUUGACUGAAUUAUUAAAAAAAAGAUUAGAUUUAUAUAUGGAUAAUGAUGAACAAUGGAAAAAUAUAAUGGGAAAUGAAAUUAAUUUAUUAUCGAAUAAAUCAUUCUCUAAUAUCAUUUUAGAAUCUAUAGGAUGGACGUAUGAAAAUGUAUCAAAUAUAUAUAUAGAAGAAAUUGAAAAUAUAGGUAAUAUUUAUCAUGGUAUAUAUAUGUUUCAAGCGAAUGAGAGAAAAAAUAAGAAUGAAGAAAUGUUUGACAAAAGUAAAAAUCAUAUUCAUUCUUUAAUAAAUAUUUUCUAUCCUUAUAAUGAACAAAUUAAUCCAUUAUUAAAAAGAGCACAACUUAAUAGAACUAAUGUAGAAUGUAUAACAAGCAAUAGGGGAAAUAAGAUUAAUGCUGAAUAUGAUGCUUUAUAUAAUGAAACGGUUAAUAAUAUAUCAAAUAAGUUUAAAUAUAAUUUAUUAAACGACUUGUUGAUAAGUAUUUUAUAUUUAAAUCUGUACGAUAUCGAAGAAACUGUUAGAAAUGUUGCAGAUGUUGUCUUAAGAGAUAAUGAAGUGGACGUAAAUAUCCGUUCAAAAAGAGCUCACAGAAUGAGGCUUUUAGGAAGUAUGAUACUUCAAAAGAUUAAUGUUUAG